GUCGUUUCAGUCGCGUUUCAGACGUCAGCUAGGUUGAACGUAGUUUUCUUUGUUCGUACUCCCACACCCACCCAGGUUGCAAAUCGCGCGCAAUUUUCCGUUUGUUCUCUGUUCGUGGGAAAAUUCAUCAAACGUUACGAGAGUGCAGAUUUGAAUAUCUUGUUUGGUAGUGAUUUUAAGUGCGUGUUAUACACAGCGUGUGAAAAAUCACCUUGUGAUUUGCUCGUGAAACUUUGGAUACAGUCACAGAAAUUGUCACACUUACGUUACGCUACUGUGGUGUGAAUGUUUUGAUUUGCAGUUCAAAAAUAUACAAAAAUAACCAGUUACCGUCUGCGAGUGCAAUCGUUGCUGAUCGUUUGAUUUCUGUCUGCUUGCUCGACCAGCCUCAGUUGGAGACAGAAGAGAAGUACAAGGAUACGGAUUCCAGUGACACCGUUCGAAGAUUUUGUGAGAUACAGCUUCCCGUUGGUGAGACGCAAAUUAAGCAAGCGAUUAUUAUGGCCAAGUACGGAGCGCUGCUUUUCUUGUCUGCAUUCCUGAUGGUUGCGGCGUUUCAGCAAGUCGAUGCGCUAAGAUGCUGGCGAUGUUCGUCCGAUGCGUCGACGGCUGCCUUCUGCGAUGACCCAUUCACGCAGGACAUCAUCACCGAGCAGCAGCGGCGCUGGAGUUUCGUGGACUGCAGCUACCCGCCCGGAGCGGGAUCGUAUCCGUUCAACCAGCAGCAGUCCCAGACGCGGGCCGUCUGCAAGAAGAUGAAGCAAAUUAUUAACGAUCGCGUGGUGGUUUCCCGUUCGUGCGCCUGGGAAGAUGUCAAUGCUGCACCGAACAGCUGUAUCAACGCUCAGACACCGUCCUACAUCCGAACGGAAUUCUGCGAAACCUGCACUACCGAUGGAUGCAACGGAGCGUCCCAAUAUGGCCCCGCCGCAGUGAUGGUGCUGCUAAUGGCUUUGAUCGCGAAACUGCUUGCCUGGUAAGCAGGCAAACCCGCCACUGAUGACCAUCCCUCCCAUUUUAAUCAGUUUUGAACAUAAGCUUUAAAUCUAGAUCCGAUCGGAAAACACACUUUUUAGAGCAAAUCGAUCCGACACCAACGUUGCCUUAAAUGUAUUUCGAACGACUUUUAUGAAUAGUAGCUAUUUAUUGCAUUCUUAGUCACUUUACUUGACAGUAGAUGUACCAUAUCGAACAGCUAUCAAACUAAUCGAAAUAAAUAUGUAGCUUUCACAGUGUUCCCUGUUAUAAAUCAACGGUUAAAGGCUUUGAAUAUGCUUGCUUGCAAGCAUACACACAUACCAAAUACGAAUACAAAUGUACAAAAUGUAAAACAUUACAUCACACUCGAUUUCAUGAGCGAUAAAAUUAUUUGCACCUGUCUGCAGUAAAUGACAAGAUCGGAAGAAAAUCUGUUAUUUGUUAUUAUUAUAUAUUUGCUAGAAGUACCAGCAACUGAAUGUCGUUCAACUUAAUUCUAACAGUAAGUAGCACCAUUUUGGGAUAUAUGAAACUAAAAUCAAAACUUUUCACAACAAAGGUCUUACUUUACCAACCGGUGGUUAUCUAGAAUAAGAACUUUCCAUGUACAUAAUAAUUAUAAUUGAUAACGAUAAAUUAAAAUAAAAUAAACUUGUUUCUAAAAGACCAA